CUUGUUCCCUAGCCUAGGGCAAAUAUUUCUCGACAUCGACUUGGACGCCUGCAUUGGCGCCUUUGUCGCGAUCGAGCGUCAUUGUCGGUGGUCCUUGGCGCUUUUCCCCUGCGAUUCAGCGCUGAUGUCUGAGGUGAUGGCAAUGGAUGUGCUUGUGAUCGCGCACUGAGCUCAAUAAGAUGGAUCGCUCGUCUGAAUCGGUGUUGCAAGGUAGUAGAGCGACAAUGCCGCUGGAUUGCAUCGCGGAGGACGAUAUUCCGCAGGCAUCUGUGCCUGUGCCAUGCUCUCCUCGCAGAUUUCCGUCGCUUCCCAAGGCACUGGAGCAGGUAUCGAGAAAUUUGCCAAAGAAGGGAUUCCGCUCCUUCUCCCACACCGGAAUUUACUAUCCCAAGCGGAGCCUGCCCGAAGAGCUCGAUGCCGAUGUCAAGUGCGUUCCAAAAUUCUCCGCGCUUGCGUUUGGAAAAUCCAAGAUGGAGCUCGCUGCAAGCCAAGAGGCUCAAGAAGUGUCUACGAGCGAGAAUGUGCUUCCCAGGGCGUGUCGUAUCAGAGUAAACAUUGUCGCCGUCAAAAAUCUCAAAAGAAGAGUACGCGAUGUCGACGUCAAGGUGGCUGGACUCAAGCUAAAAGUGGAGAACCAGUCGAGACAUUCUAAGCAGAUAUCCCCAGCGUCUGAGAACACUUUAGCGAGCUUGUGUAGUUGUCCGUUUGAGAGGUUGCUACGCUGGAGUGGAUCGCCAGGUGCGGUCAGGCAAGAGAAACAGAUUCGGGUCGGAGCGAUCGAGCAAGAUGGAUCCGUUAAAGUUAACCAGAGCUUCACUUUUGACAUCAAGGAUCCAAAUAAUGCAGUUCUGCUGUUACACGUUGUUUCUAAGACACGUUUUGGUGGAGAAGACUCGCUUGGGAUUUCUACGGAAGUUCGUGUUGCUGAUCUUCUCGAUAAAAAGGGAGGUCUGAUCUUUUCUCCUUGUGCCACCUUAUUGCUCUGUUUCAUUUCAGGUGGUCAAGAUGGAAAAACCAAGUGGUAUGAUCUUUUUUCAAAGACUGGGAAGAGACUAAUGCCGGGGAAGGUUUUAAUGGACAUAGUUGCAGGAAUAGCUGAACCGGAGCAUGAUAUCAGUGUUUUCUUGGGUACAUGGAAUGUAGGAAACGCAAGACCGGCUGUGGAUUUGUCAUCGUGGCUUCCUACAAAGAGCGAGCACGAGCUGCUAGUUAUUGGUGCGCAGGAAUGCGAUUAUCCGCCUCGACCACCUUUCUCGGACUGUGCCAAAGACUGGAUAAACAGUGUAAAGUCUUGCAUAGGCCAAAGAUACAAACUUGUUUGUGCUGUGUCACGAAGCCAGAUCCGUUUGGCGGCGUUUGUGCGAGAUGAUGCCGAGAAAGCCAUAUCGGAGAUGGAUAGUGGAAGUGAAGCCACAGGAGUGGGCCAUGUCGUGGCAAAUAAAGGCGCGGUAUGCAUUGCUUUUAAGUUUUGGGAUACGGAUUUGUGCUUUGUAAACUCACAUCUAGCUGCACACAUGGGAUAUUGUGACGUGCGAAACGGCAAUUACCGAGAGAUUGUCGAGAAUCUGAGCAUUGGCUAUCAAGGAAUGGACAUUUUAAGUAAAUUUCAUCAUGUUUUCUGGAUGGGGGAUUUGAACUAUCGUCUAGAUUUUGAAAAUGUCGAAGAGAGAACAGUUUCACCGGAGAAAGGCGUCUGGCAAAAUGUUGUCGAUCAAAUCAAUGCUGGCAAUUACAAGGAGCUCUUGGAUCACGACGAGUUGACAAGAGAGAUUGCAGCGUCAAGGGCUUUUCAUGGAUUCAAGGAAGGGAACAUUGGUUUUGCUCCAACAUUCAAGAUGAUUCGGGACACUUUAUCUUCAUACAAUGAGAAACGUCUCCCAGCAUGGUGCGAUCGUAUUUUGUGCCGGUCAUUUGAUGGGUGCUACAUGAGACCAACUUCUUAUUUUUCAGCGCCUGAAAUCUGUACUAGUGAUCACAAGCCAGUGGGGGCAACCGUGUCACUUACAGCAUAUGCGCUUCCUUGCUUGAACUUCGAUGCUGACGGGAGAAAAUGGCACAUACUUCUUACUUCACUGGAGGCUCAAGGAUUGCGGUCGUCAGAUAUAAACGGUUUUUCAGACCCGUACGUGUCUUUUGGAGGUGCAAACCUGGUGAGCGAGUUUCACUCCAAAGUCAAAUAUCGAACACUGAAUCCAGUAUGGGAUCCUGCGAAGGACCUGCCUAAGCUAGUUGUCACUGCAAGCUCCCUUCACCGGCUGGAGCACGAAUAUUUGAUGUGCCAUGUUCUUGACUAUGACUUCACUUCGACUAACGACACUCUUGGAUUCGGAGCAAUUCCGCUCAAUGGUGUCGUUGCUGCAUUCAAGCGAAGUCCGGACGAAGUUGCUCAGUUUAAGAUCGAGCUGCUGCACCGCGGCCUUCCCGCUGGCAUCCUCAAAGGUGGGAUGAAGCUAACGUGGGAGAAGAGCUUGGUCAAGCAAAAAACUUCUCUCGCCGAUAGCUUGAUUGUGCGGACUUUGACACUACGGAAGAGUUUCAAGAAGACGUUCUUCGCUAGAGAACACUUCUAGUGAGCCAUGAACGACGGGCUUUACGAGGUAGUUACUGUAAAGGGUCUCAUUUUCUUGGCGUGGCCUGGAGUCUUCUGCGCGACAACGAGCAAGUUGGUAGUGAUGGAUGAAUCUCCUCCCGAGUCGUCGUCCCGGGUAAUCAAGCUCAAGGGGCUGUUCGGGCUUUUGAUCGACACCCAAGACGAGACAGUGAUCCGGCCCUCGACGAUGCCGUUCCCUCACCUCCAAGCCAAUCCCAACUUUGUGGAUGGCGUAGCUU